AAAGCAACUUCCAAUUUUAUGCCAGAAAAUCAGUAGAGAAGAAGAAGAGAGAGCGUGAAAUGUGUGGGGGCGCAAUAAUUUCCGACUUCGCACCGCCGGCGAGCCGAUCGUCGCGCCGUCUGACAGCUGACUUGCUCUGGGGCAGCUCGGCUGCCGAUCCGAAGAAGAAGAGGAAUCCGGCGAACUAUUUCUCCAAGCCUCUGAGGGCUCAGCCGCUCAUCGAUUUGGAUGAUGAUUUUGAAGCGGAUUUUAGGAGUUUCGAGGAUUUCUCUGACGACGAAGGGGGAAUCGGAGUGAAAGAAGCGUUUGGUUUUUGUGCCUCAAAAAGUGAGGGUUUUAAAGAUUUUGGAUCUGUUGAUUUGAAGGAGCCCGAUGAGCCUGCUGAAAAGCCUAAAAGAAAGAGAAAGAAUCUGUACAGAGGGAUUCGGCAGCGACCCUGGGGUAAAUGGGCUGCUGAGAUCCGUGAUCCAGUGAAAGGGGUUCGAGUUUGGCUUGGCACUUAUAACACCGCUGAGGAAGCCGCUAGAGCUUAUGAUGCUGAAGCUCGCAAAAUAAGAGGCAACAAAGCUAAACUGAACUUUCCCCAAGAUGCAUCAACACCAACUCAUGCAGUGAAAUCGAAUUCCAAGUUAUCUUCUGAGCAGCCAAAUUCAGUUCAUCCGACUUUUAACCAACCCAUCAGUUUUCCCGAAGUGAAACCUCAGAUAAAUCAGUUUGGUUUUGCUAACAACUAUUGUACCGCCAGUGAUGUGGCUAUAAAGCCCCUUACCUCCACUGAUUGCUCGAGCGUCUACUUCAGCUCUGAUCAGGGGAGCAAUUCCUUCGACUGUGCCAAUUUUGGCUGGAAUGACAACUGUGCUAGGACUCCUGAAAUAUCGUCUGUCUUAUCAGCUAUUGUUGAGGACAAUCAAGCUCAAUUUGCAGAGGAUGUUUGCCCUGCCAAGAAAGCAAAGACAUGUUCCGACAAUGUGGUGACUGCAAAUAAACUCCCUGAAGAUCUCUCCGAGUUUGAUUCCCAAAUGAAGCUCUUCCAGAUGCCGUAUCUUGACAACAACUGGGAUACUUCCAUUGAUGCCUUUCUGAACUGUGGUACAACUCAAGAGGGUGGAAGUGCGUUGCAAAUUUGGUCGUUCGAUGACAUCCCAACUUUGAUGGGUGGCGCCUUCUGAGGCUUCCAGCCCCCUUUUAACUUCCUUUCAUUUCCCGAAUAAGGCUGCAUGUGUUCCGGUGAUGGAGCGAGAAACUGUAGGACGACGACGCUGUUCCGGUGGACUCUGGUUGAGUGAAGUUGUACAGAAACAACUAUGUUUGGUCAGUUUUAUUUUAACUUAAGACAUGAGUAUUGCCAUUUAAAUUGUGUGUUGGGAUUCUAAUUAUUAUUAACCUGUUUUUUCACUAAACUAAUGAAACUCAUUAUUAUUAUAAUUAUUAUUAAGACCUUUUAUUUAUUA